AUGAAGGUCGCACUUGUCGGCGCAACCGGAGAGACCGGAACAUCCAUUGUGAACGGCUUGCUCGCCUCAACGGACCUUAAAUAUGAAAUAACGGCCCUCAUCCGACCGAGUUCGCUCCAGAAGCCCGAAGUCGAAAGCCUGAAAGAGAAAGGCGUUGUAGUAUUCGCAACUGACCUCAGCGGCCCCGAAUAUGAGAUUACGCAACAGCUAGUAGGUCAUGAUGUUGUCAUCUCGGCCAUUGUCGCGGACAGGUUGCUAGAUCAAAUUCCACUCGCCAAUGCCGCCAAGAAAGCAGGUGUGACGCGGUUUGUGCCUUGUUUCUUUGGGACGGUGAUGCCGAGCAGAGGAAUGUUAUGGUUCCGCGACCAAACCUUGUAUUUACCGUACACAGCCAUCGAUGUCGGCUGGUGGUAUCAAAUUAGCCUGCCGCGCCUUCCAUCAGGCAAGAUUGACGCAUUCGCGAGUCCAUUUGAAGACUGGAUCGCGGGUGACGGGACUGUGCUUUCCGGAAUGACAGACCUCAGAGAUAUAGGCAAGUAUGUCGCGCGCAUUGUCGCGGAUCCUCGCACCCUGAACCACAAAGUCUUCGCAUACACAGAGCUCUGGUCUCAGAAUGACGUCUACAACUUGUUCGAAAAAUUGAGCGGGGAGAAGAUUCAGAGAAAAUACUUAUCGGCGGAUGAAAUCGAGAGUCGGCUGGAAGAGGCCAAAGGCGAUAAGGCCAACAUCCAUAAGCUCUCGGUCACACAAUAUCAGAAGUCGUGGGGUCUCCGAGGGGACAAUAUACCCGAGUACGCCCGCUACCUAGGUUACCAAAUUGGCAAAGACCUAUAUCCCGACUUGAUGGGCAACUCAUUCGAGAAUUUCUGCAAAGAGGCGUUGGAGGGAAAGGUUAAACCCAUUUAUGAGAAGAAAAAGCAGGAGGCCAUUGCUGCAGCACAGAACAGGACUGCAGAGAAUUAG